AUUUUGUGCGGGUAUAUGUGUCGGGGGCGGUUCGGGCAGCCGCGGAUCUUCUCUCUGCGCUCUCUGGUCUGCAAUGGACGGCAUUGUCCAAGAUAUAACAGUUGGUACGAAGCGGGGGUCUGACGAGCUUCUGUCUGCUUGUGUUACUAACGGUCCAUUUAUCAUGAGCAAUUCUACUCCCUCUGCUGGUGAAUACACCAAUGGCAACGACAGCAAAAAGUUCAAAGGUGAUAACCGAAGCGCAGGAAUAGUACCCUCCAAAGUCAUUCAUAUCCGCAAACUUCCUAAUGACAUCACAGAAGCAGAGGUCAUCUCCCUAGGCUUACCUUUUGGCAAAGUCACCAAUCUUCUCAUGCUGAAGGGGAAAAAUCAGGCUUUCAUAGAAAUGAAUAGCGAAGAAGCAGCUAACACAAUGGUGAGCUACUACAGCACUGUCACUCCAUACCUGCGGAACCAUCCCAUCUACAUCCAGUAUUCUAACCACAAGGAACUGAAAACUGACAACUCUCCUAAUCAGGCAAGAGCACAUGCAGCUCUUCAGGCAGUAACCGCAGUGCAAAGUGCCAACAUGGCUAUUACUGGCACCGGAGUCGCAGAUACUUCAGUCGCCCUCACUGGUCAGAGCCCUGUCCUCCGCAUCAUUGUGGAAAAUCUCUUUUAUCCCGUCACUCUGGACGUAUUGCACCAGAUUUUCUCCAAGUUUGGCAGCGUGAUGAAAAUUAUUACUUUCACUAAGAACAACCAGUUCCAGGCCCUGCUCCAAUAUACUGAUGGCCCCAGUGCACAACAUGCUAAACUGGCCCUAGAUGGACAGAAUAUCUAUAAUGCCUGCUGCACUCUGCGUAUUGAUUUCUCCAAGCUGACUAGCCUUAAUGUUAAAUACAAUAAUGAUAAAAGCCGAGACUACACUCGUCCCGACCUGCCAUCUGGUGACAGCCAGCCAACCUUGGACCAAACCAUGGCAGCUGCUUUUGGUGCACCAGGUAUCAUAUCAUCACCUUAUGGAGGGGCUGGCUUUCCUCCUAGCAUUGCCUUCCAGCAAGCUGACUUCCUCCUACGUCCAUCAGACUACUGUUUGUCCGUUCCAGGGGUUCACUCCUUGGCUCCGCUCGGCAUGCCAUCAGCAGCAGCAGCUGCAGCAGCAGCAAGUCGCAUGGGUAUCCCUGGCUUCUCGUCUCUAGGCAAUACUGUCCUGCUCGUUAGCAAUCUCAAUCCUGAGAGAGUUACGCCCAAAUGCCUCUUUAUUCUUUUCGGUGUGUAUGGUGAUGUGCACCGCGUAAAGAUCCUCUUCAACAAGAAAGAAAAUUCCUUGGUACAGAUGGCUGAUUCUAAUCAAUCUCAACUGGCAAUGAGCCACUUGAAUGGCCAGAGGCUUCAUGGAAAGGCAAUGCGUGUGACCAUGUCCAAGCACCAGACUGUGCAGCUGCCCCGUGAGGGCCAGGAGGACCAGGGCCUGACCAAGGACUACAGCAGCUCACCUCUUCAUCGCUUCAAGAAACCUGGAUCCAAAAACUUCCAGAAUAUUUUCCCUCCUUCUGCCACCCUCCACCUCUCCAAUAUUCCACCCUCUGUCACAGAAGAUGAUCUGAAGAUGCUGUUUUCGACCACCAAUGGCAUGGUCAAAGGAUUCAAGUUCUUUCAGAAGGACCGCAAAAUGGCUCUCAUCCAGAUGGGGUCAGUGGAAGAAGCAAUCCAGGCCCUCAUCGAUCUUCACAAUCAUGAUCUUGGAGAAAAUCAUCACCUCAGAGUUUCUUUCUCCAAGUCAACUAUUUAGAAGCUGUAACAUGGACUUCCCAGCUGGUCCCAAAUUAUGGGAUCUAGUAUAGCCUAUGGGCACAAUGAUUUGAUUCUUAUUCCACAGACGCCACUAGACUUCAAAGCAGGUGCAUAGCUGGAAAAUCACCCAAAAUUAACCAUGGUUCCAAUAUCUUUUUAAAAUGUUCUGACAUUUACUCCCGAGCUCCAUCGACAUCCUGUCAGUCUCGUGGUGGCGCUCCCAUCAUUUCUCAAUUGGUUUGUCACAGAUUGGCUUGUGCUAGUGUUGCUCUUAAUUCAACAUUUGAAAUUGUUCUUCUAGAAAAGUUUACAGGUUGCAAAUUUCUCUGGGAUCACCCAAGAAUAGUGCACCUAAUAUAUCAGGUUGUGUAAUAAGCCUUUUAAUAGUCCUAUUUCCCCAUUGGGUAUCCAUACCACUAUACUGCGGAAGUCUGGAUAAUAUUUUAAGCAUAUCUAAUUUCAUUAAAUAAUUAUCCUGUGCCUUAUGUCUUAUAAUGAAACGAUGGCCAUUUUAUAAUUGUAGGUCUGUUUCUGGUUAUGUGCUUUACGAUUAGUCUGGUUUUGCUGCUUGGUUUUGCUCUCCAAUGUUGUUGGUUGUCCAAAUUGUGUGUUGGAGGGAAGGAGGCUGGUUAGUUGUAGCCUUAAAAUAGCAAUCAGACAGAAGUUACUGAUUGUAGCUGUAUCCAUCCUACCUCAGGUUUUGGAUAAUUAAGCCAAUCCAUCAGUGUUCUUGGGCAGCAAGGUUUUCUGAAAGUCGACAGUUUUUCUCUUUUCUCACCCCCCCCCCACCCCCAAAAAAACACACUUGGGUAAGCCAUAAGGAUUCUGUGCAAACUAAUGCCCUGACUUGGGCACUCUAGCCUCAACAAUAUGGACUGUUGAGCAUUUCAGUUUUAUCAAUUGAAGCAGUGCAAAUAUGAAGGUUGCCAGAGGUUGUAAGCUGGUAAUGUAUUUGUAUAAAAUGCCACACCGCAUUUUAAGCGCUUUGCAUGUUAAUAUAAUUGUAUUUUUUUUCUUAAAAAAAGUAUGGUCUAGUUUAGACCAGAAAACUGAGCAAUUCUGCUUACUGUCUGUGCUAACACUUGAUCAGAUGUUGACUAAUUAUUUUCAGAGUAAAUCUUAUAACACUGAAUCUGAGCUGAUUCACACCAAUACUGCACGCAUGGAAAUGCGCAAUGUUUUACAGGACACUUGCCACAGGCUGCUUUUCAGAUUGUAAGGCACUCACUCCUGUAGAAUUGCGUAAACCUGUUUAGCCCAACUCCAGAAGUGCCCUUCAUAAGGCAACCACUAGUGACGUGCCCUCUUCCUCGCAAAGAAGCUGCGAUACCAGAAACAGUCCCAAUUCUAAAUGGCCUUGGCUUGUUGCCUUCUAUAUUCAAUAUCUUCAUAUGUAUUUUAUAGUUGGGGUGUUUUACUAUCUUAUGGAGUCUGUAGAAUGUAUUUUCUACCUUGUAUUUUGUUUAGUAUGAUUGAUUUUAAGCAAUUUUUUUUUGAGCUGGAAAUUUGUGCGCUUGUACACCUGUAUCUGUGACGGAGCCGGGUGCAAUAUUGGUUCCCGCGGCCCGCAAGGUAUAAUUCCGUCACCUGUAAGAUUCAUGUAAUAGAUCAGCUGAAAUUUCAAGUGGCGUGAAGUUUGUUUUAUGCCAUCUUUAGUAAAUUGUGCUUUUUUUUUUUGCUUUUUUGAUUUUUAUAUAGCUUUCUGGGUGAGACUCGAGACCAGACUUAUCACCUUUCAGUCUCUUCUUACUACCCAGUGAUUCCAUUCCAUUUUUACCUUGCCUUGUUCCCUUAUGCACGAGUACAGCAUUGACAAAGAGGUUUCUACAGUAUCGUUGAAUUGUCAUUACAGUACUUGAGGACAAAAGUUUCCCACCACACAUGUGUGAUUUUUAGCUAUAACCAUUUCACUGUCCAUUGGCUACUUAAAGCUCAGUUAACCCCAUGCUGGGCCAUUGAAUAUUGGUCCUGUGGAUAAGUGUUGAUGCUUGAAGUACAGAAAUAGCAUAUGUACAAUCACCUCUGACCAGGGCUUUCCAUUAGGGUCGUAUGAUUCAGCAAAUCAACAAACUAGUGGGAGCAGUAUCUGCAUUUACUUUCUGAAAUUCUCAGAAUAGUGGUGUGGGGUAAACUGAGUGUUUCUGUUGUUGGCUUCUAGAAUCCCCAGUUAACUACAUCCACAUCACUCAAAUUAACUUCUUGGGUUUACCAGUAAGUUUGCUGUAAAUCUAUAGCAUGGCUUUUUAUUUGCAGACUGGCUCUCAAUGAUUUGUAGAAUUGCUGAUCCUUUUGUGGGUGCCUGUGCUGUUCGAAUUGGCAGACUUGACCGGAACUUAGUAACAUUGCAGAUUAACCUAAGGCCCGCACCCUCAGCUGCAGUUACGCUACCUUUGGACAGAUAAUGAACAACUCCUGUUUUGGUUAGAGCUCAGCACUCUGGUUCAGGCAGUAUGGUUCCUUGAUUGAUGUUUCAGCCCUGUCUGGAAUGUACUGCAUUCGAUAGGAUGCUUUUAAACGAGGGCUGAGUUGCUUCUAGAAAAGGCCUGUGUGCAAGACGAUUACUGUAAGGAAAAGGGUUGUCCAUUUAAAAAGGUUUAUUUUAAAAUCUAGUUGGCACUAGCAUUACAAUUGUUUUUUUUCUUUCAGAACAGCUCAGAAUUCAUGGUUUCUCUCCCUGUUCAAGUGUACAAAUCAGCAUUCCCUUCUAAAGUUGGAAGUGUUUAAAAACCCACCUCCCAAACAUUCCACUGUGGGCUAAAUGCUGGAGUCAUACCAAUGAGCAUUUUUAUGCUUUUGAUUAAUCUAUUGAUUUGUGUAUAUGGGUGCUCAUUAAUAUGACCAUUUUUUAAAAAACAAUCUUGUGCCUAUACCAAUACCACGUGCUAUAGUUUACAUUGUUAGAGCAGAAUGCCCAAGAAUGUUUAACAUUUUUAGUUUUUUUUUCAGGGUUUCAUGGACCAAAGUUAUUGUGCCUUCUGCAGUUCUUUACAUUUUACUAUUCCUCUUCUAGCCCUCAAAUGUGAUUACUGUAAAGUUAUCUGUGCACCUAGAAUGAUUGGUAGCUCGCCUUCAGGGAAUCCAGUGCACGACAUGAUGCUGGAUUCAAUCUGCGUUCCUGUAAGACUGUUAGAGGUGCUGCCUAAGAAAAUGUACAUGAAGAUUUUUGUUUUGAACCAGAAUAUUACAUACAACUCCCCAUCUUUGACCUUGAUUUCUUAAAUUCCCUCUUUUCAGCUGUAAAGAAUGUUUGAAAAAAGGUGUAAAUAUUCAUAACUUUUUUUUACCUAGAGAGGCUAAGGGGAACAAAACCGGUUUUUAUAUGGAAGCAUUGUCUUGUAUAUUUUGAUUAAAAAAAACAGCUGUCAGGUUUCGUAUGUAAAAGGGUUUUUCAGAAAACAAUUCCUCUUCUAUUGAGAAGAAUGUUUGUAAUGCAAAGAGAAGAGAUUAAAAUUAUUUUCUAAUGAAUUUGUAUGUUGCUGUAUGAAUAUAUUCACCAGUGUAACACCUUUCAAAUUAUGCAAUUUUUUUCUUUUACAACUAUUAACACCUCUGGGCAAUGUAGUUCUUGCGCCUUCAAUAAACUGCUUCAUUCUUUA